AUAGUGACUGAUAUGCUGGAACUUUAUAAGAUUUUACCCAAUAUACGAUCUUCCAACGAAGCUAUCCGGCGUACUUAUAUUUCGUGUGUCCUAUAUAAAGUUGCUCUUUGCUUCGAUGGAUCGAUUAAAGUCAUACCUGAAUAUCAAUUAAAAGGAAGCCACGGUAAGGGUCCUGUUGAUUGGGCUAUCAUGAUAGGAUCAAAAAUUAUUGUAAUUACUGAAGCAAAAAAGAAAGAUUUAGACCACGGUAUCGCUCAAAAUACCAUUCAGCUCCAUACUGCCAUACAAGAAAACUCAAGAAAAGGGUUCUCAAAUGGAGAUAAUUCUACUACAAUUUACGGGAUCGUAACCACGGGUUCAGAAUGGAUUAUUAUCAAAUUUAUAAAAGUAGAUCCAGACCAGCCCCCGAUAAAGAUUUUUAGAAGUUCGUUAACUCCUAUAUGUCUACCUCUUACAGAGGGCAAAUUAGAUAAAUCAAAAUUACAGAAGGCUGUAGAAGAUCUAUUUGCUCAAAUAUUAUGG